AUGCUCGCUCAGGUGGCCCGACCAUCAAGGCAUGCUGUAGCACGACUAUUCGAUAGCCGCUGCUUCCUUCUGUUGGUACGGGUACCUCGAUCUCAACCUCAACGGCAAGGCAGAUUAUGGCGACCCAAGUAUUCCUGCUCGAGAGGCAUUGCGACCUCGGCCACCCACUUCCGCCGCUAUCUCAUAUCUGAAGGUCGUGCCACCACACCUUCAGCGACCAAGGCCUCCGCCGAUUCGGCCUCGUCCUCGUCCUCUUCCGCUCAUCCCACGCUCUCCUAUCCCUUCUACCUCGAGACCGGUUACUCGAUCUUCGCCAAACGACCCUCGCGCCCUUUCCCACCUCCUUUCGUCUCUCUGCCCUCGGGCUCCUUCUCAGACCCUCUCACGACCCACAACCCUUCCUCCAUCCCGCGCGGCGCCCGCCGUCCGACCGUGAACGGAGAACUCGUCCGUGGCAUCACAAACGGCGACGACGCGAUCAUCAUCUCCGCGGCUCGGAACUUCGUCGCCGUCAAUGAUGGCGUGGGUGCGUGGGCGCAGAAGGAGAGGGGUCACGCGGCUCUCUGGAGUCGAUUGAUCGCGCACUUUUGGGAUGUCGAGGUCGAGAAAUCCCUCGCAGGGCCGGACGGGAAGAACUCGGUGGAACUGGGCAAGGUCGACCCGGUCCAGAAUCUGCAGGAUGCGUACGUCGCGACCAAGAAAGCCACCAAGGGACAGUUGAACAGGGAUAAUCGCGAAGACGAAGGCUACUCGGAGGCUGAAGACGGGGACCGCAAGCAAGAAGAUGGUGACGAAUCUUCCUCCUCAACACCCCAGGAAAGCAAGGAAACGAAGGAUACGAAGGAGUCGACAAAAAACGACAUUCUUGGAACGACAACGGCCUCCUCGGCGCUCCUCUACUACAAGCCGCCCUCUGGAUCGCAGACCGAACCCACGCCAGUAAUCUUCGCCACAACCCUAGGCGACUGCAAAAUUCUCCUCAUCCGCCCUUCAGCCCCGUCGUCCUCCGAGACGGAAAGCAAAGACGGUUCUGGGAGUGAGCGCAUCUUCUACCGCUCCAAAGAACAAUGGCACUGGUUCGACUGUCCCCGCCAACUGGGCACCAACUCUCCCGACACACCGCUCCAGAACGCCGUCUGCGACAUCAUCGACAACGUCCAGGUCGGCGACGUGGUCGCCGUCCUGAGCGACGGCGUCACCGACAACCUGUGGGAACACGAGAUCUGCGACAACAUCUGCGAGAGCAUGGCCCGUUGGAACGGCGACCACUCUUCGCAAGCGGCGAACAACCACAGGGAGGAGCAGGAGCAGGAGCAAGAGGAUCUCGAGGCCAAGAAGGACGGCAUCAUCUACGUCGCGCGACGGCUGAUGAAUGCCGCAAGGGAGAUCGCCAUGGAUCCCAACGCCGAGUCCCCCUACAUGGAGAGGGCGUUUGACGAGGGCAUAGCCGCCGAGGGGGGCAAGUUGGACGAUAUUUCGGUUGUCAUUGGCGUGGUGAGGAAGACCAAGAAGGAGUGA